CAUAGGCCUUUAUAUAUUAACGCUAUUCUUAUACAAUCUUGCAGAAGGGCAGUGGACAACCUGUGCAGCGCAUGCUAUGGCGCUGUCUCAGGCCCACAACUGUUCCUAGAGUGCUGCUGCGCUAAGGGGCACUUUAGCAGAGCAUGUAGCAAUUAUAAAUAG